UUUCUUUCAAAAUCCAUCGUAGCCGUACUCGAGAAACUGCCAACUCCAAACUUCCACCCAACAGUCGCUCUCAUCGGCGGGUCGCAUCACGCUACAUCAUGUAUGCCGACAAUGAUGCAUCGAGAGGCCCAAACGGAGAUGCCCCGCCAUCAUCGCCGCUUGGCAGGCACCCGUCAAUCUCACUCCAGGCUGCCGCAACUCUCAAUGCUGGUCUCCAGCGGGAAUCGCCGUCUACGUCUCGAGGUUCAUCGAUCAGCAGUCCGUUGUCUCCUCGGCGGGACUCAUCCAGCGCUGGCCGGCGCCGCUCCCAGGUUCUGAUGAACCUUCAAAUCGCCGAUCCCUCGGUGCCAGCGCCUGGGGAGAUGGUGUCCGACAGCCAGAGCAGCAGCUACCAGACACCUGGCCAUUUCCCUAUCUCCAGCUCUCCUCGGCUGAUACCCACCGGGAUCCCGCAUCACAACCGAACCCUUAGCCUGGGUGAACUGCAUCAAGAAUUGGAGAAUGAGCAGGAGAAACAGGUCAACCGACUCCUCGCCGAAAUCAGCCGGCUACAGGCCCAGCUGGAACGCCAAAACAUGGGCCAGCCCGCAGCUUCGGGAAAUGAGGCAUCUGACCGAGCCGUGCCAGUCCCAAUUGCAACAUCAACUCCACAGACGCCAUACGCAGGGGGCGUAGGUUCGAGUUCUCUGCCCCGGUCACCUGUAUUCGCGCACCGUCAUCCGCGCAGCUCCUUUGAUAUGGCCCGGGCCGAUCUCCACCUCCGGUCCAGGACUCCGAGUCGCCAUGCCUCGCCCCGGCUUCGCUCCUCCUCGAUCAGCGGUGACAGCGGCGAGCCGUGGGUCCUUGGCGGCCGCGACGAGAGCGCCUUUUACCAGGCUGAGACACAAAUGCUGGUCCGUGAGAAUCAGAUGCUUCGACAUAGGAUCAAAGAAUUGGAGGCAAAGCUUGCUGAGUUGACCGGCAACAAUACCCAAUUCACUCACCCGCCGUCUCACUCUUCGCACUUGACUCAUUCGACGUCCGUAUCCGAAGAUGAUUCGGCUCAGCAGUCUUCUGAUACGACGUCUUAGGCCACGAUUAUCAGGGCACCAUUGAGCGAGCGGCGAUUCUCUUAUUAUUUCGUUUACUGCUAAAGGAGGGCACAAAUCAUUAUUUCUUUUCCAUUGUCCCACAGAUAUCUGCUUUGCGAUGGCGUUCCGAUGGGUUAGAGGAUUUUUCGCAAGAUUCAAGGUGCAACAGA